AUAGGGUCUCGGCACUUAAUAUGAAUUAGGCCAGCACAGCCAACACUGAUAAAGUGCCCCUCCACCGAUGCAUAUGCAACAUAAGUCUUACACGAGGUCUUUCUUUGUGCAACAUACACUGCCUCUUCAUCCCAUCCAUCAUCAAUACCUUUCCUAAAUGACAUCUCAUGUAUCAGUAUCAACUUACUGAUUCACAAAGAGUGCCACUUACCAUCAUUGUUCUUCAUCAAACCGAGGCUUAAACAAUCAUGGAUAUCGUCAAUUCAAUCGGUGGCUCCUUGGUGGGUCAUCGUCAAAAUUCUGCCGCUGCUUCAACCAGUCUGUUUCAGGACUCCAACACUACCUCUCAAUCAGAUUCAGGACCCAGUCGAAUGACAUCAUACUAUGUCAAAACCGCAGGAGACGUAAGCAGUAAUGUAUUGGAAAUUUUCAAAUCAACCUUAUUCGAAGCUGAAUCGUAUUUGGCCAUGUAUGAGCACCGAGUCAAAUUGGAAGAAGAAUAUAUUCGAGGUUUGAAGAAUAUGACGGAAAAGUCAAAAGAUUCUAUCGUCAAAUUGGACGCAAGGAUUGCCUCUUGUUUAUCACUCGAUCCCGGCGGUGCAGAUAUGCCAAAAGCAAGGCUAGCAUGGAAAGAGAUUCGAGAGAAUCAAUUGAGAGAGAUUGAUGCACGAUCACAUUACGUUGAAACGAUCAAACAAGGUGUCAUUGCUCCUCUUUCAGUGUAUAGCUACGCACAAGAACGCAUUCGAAAACGUGUCAAAGAUGACUUAAAGAUCAGUAUGUCUGCAUACGAUGAAAUGCGUCAAACUACCUUACCGCGAGCCAAGAAAACGUACGACAAAAGAUGCGAAGAAGUUGAACAAAUACGAUUACAGCAAGAGGCAGUGGAAGAUCAAAGAUUGUUACUCAGUCAAGCUGCUAUGCAACGUGAAGGCAGUCAAACUUCUCAUGCCGAAACGAGCGAAAGAACACUUUCGCCAGCAAUGUCUUCUGGACCAUCAGAUCCAGAUGAAGAAUUGUCCAGAAUCGAUCUCGAUCAAGGUUCUACGCAUCGCCGUUCUAGCUCUUUGAAAGGCUUUGUAGGUCGUUCAAAGAAUUCACAAAAGCUAUCGUCUGAAGGUGAUGAUCCCCAAAACAGUCAAUCGUCUGCUUCUGCCGGGGUAUCACCACGAAUGGGCGGUGAAGCCAAUCUAUCCACAAGUCCAAUGGCCAGUGAAAAGAAAGGCCAUUUCUUUGAAGCACUUCGAUCCCGUGAGACAUGGGAUACUGCACGUAAAGAAGGUCCAAAGAAGCUGAACGCAUUGCUAAAUCGAAUGAGAGAAGGCGCAAGUGGGAAUGAUAAAAGUGAGGGUGGCAGUAUGGCUUUCAGUCCAGAGAGCAAUACAGGAGGCCUACCAAGUUUGGGCGUAUCGCUUGGUAAUGGCCCCGGAAGCAUAAAGUCUAGUCAACAUUUAGCUUUAAAACAUGUAAAGGCGAAACGUGAAGCGGACGAAGCAGAUAAAGCAUAUCGAAAAGCAGUCUUUGAUCUGGAAACACUACGAAUGCGAAGACAAAAGACCUUUAUGGCGGCAAAGUCAAGUGUAAUUGAAGCACGUCAAGAGCUUUAUCUCACUUGUCAAGCUGUUUGGAUGCAAGCUGAGAAGUCCAUACAAUCCUUGGCAAACAACCAGUUGAGCUUUAGCAUGCAUGCCGAAAAUCUUCUGCAGGGCUCCUUGGACAGACUUGGAGACGAACUGGGUAAACUGGAAGAAAGAAUUGUGUUACCUGAAGGCGAAAAGGUUCCUUACAUCCACUAUCAAUACGGGGAAUGCAGGGAUCUUCUGUUCGGAGUUUCAUUGACGGAUUAUGCUUUCAAUCGUGCUCAACAGGCGCCUCCUCAUCUUGGACCACCAAAAGCAGAAGCACCGCUCAUUGUUCAGAAAUGCAUCGAGUAUAUCGAAGAAAAAGCGCUUGAUCAGCCAGGUAUCUAUCGUACAAGUGCAAAGCAUUCCGCAAUCCAAAAUCUUGCCCAUGCUCUUGAACGUGAUGAAUCCAGAUUUGCUUUUGAUGCAGCACAUGAGGAGGCCACGGUUGUUGCUGGUGUGUUGAAGCAAUACCUCCGUCAAUUGCCAGAGCCUGUCUUACCCAUGCCUUGGGAAGAUCGAGUAAAGUAUACUCAUGAGAGGCAAGAACAAAUUCAAACAGGAUUUGCUUCCUUAAAAGGACGCAUUCGUCGUUUACCGCCAAUCAAUCAAGCAACAUUACGAGCGAUUAUUGAACAUUUGGCAAAGGUCGCAUCUCAUUCUGAUCAAAACAAGAUGAAUGCUUCAAAUUUAUCAAUAAUCUUUGGACCUUUGCUAUUAUCGCAAGCUGAGCAUGAUGCAACAAGUAUCGCUGCAGCGAUGGAAGAAGAUAGGGUGACGGAAGAUUUGAUUUUGUAUGCUGAUACUAUCUUCGAUCUUUCUCAUGCUGGAGCCCCAAUCAUGCCAACAUUGCCUCCUCAAACCGGGGGCAAAGUGUUUGAUUUCGACCCGGUAGCUGAUCAGGAAAGCUUCAUCACGUCACAUUCAAGAAGUGUGAGCAUGCUAACAAGCAAGGACUCUGACUUCAAUCCUCUCGAUAAGGCAGAGGAAACAGCACCUGAGCAUGUAAGCAUCAUCACAACCACUGAACAAUCAACAGAUACAGUCGUUCCGAAGUUGGAUGUUGCGUCCCCACCAGAUCCUGUAUCUCCGAUACAACAGGGCAGUCUUGUCAAUGACCAGAUAUCAUUCCCGACUCAAGUUCCUCGUACAGCAGCAGGAGCAUACUUGCCUCCGCAAGAACCACAUUUGUCCGCGAGCACGAGUGGUAAUGAUUGGAAUGAUACAAAAGCACCACAAGAGUCGAAUGAAGGAAAUAAAAAAACAAUGAGCCAACUUAUCAACGAGACUUACAAGUUCAAACCUGUUAUUAAAACACAACCGCAUUCACGUGAAAAUAGUGCAGGUAACCCCAACUUGUUGUCAACUCCAAUCGAUAAUGCUUUGUCAACACCAAUGACUGCAGUCAGUAGUGCGAAUGCAUCACUUGAACAUGACAGAGAGCACAACGAGAAUUUAAAUUAGCUUAGCUUUACGGACGAUAUCAUCUUUCAUGCCUACUUUCCUCAUCAUGUGUAUAAUACAAAUUGUCGUAUAAAAGAUGGAUCAGAAUUCAAACAUGCUUUUU